AUGGCUACGAGGUGCUUGGAGGGGCCGAACGUCCCUAGGCUGGACGACCGGGUGUUCGAUUCGGCCAUGCAGGCCUUCAACGACCUCGCCGCCCGGUCUCGAAUCCAGCACGUGUGCUCGCGCGUCGAUUGCGCGCAUCUCUACACGGGCGAGGUGGAGGCGGCUGAGGCGAAGGCCCGGAGGGCUGGCAACCCCCUGAGGCCGGAGCGAACGGAAGGGCCGAGCUCCGAGCUGGCCACGUACGCUUUUGGACGGGACAAGGUUAUCACCUUUGAUGGGACCUUCUUUGCCAACUCGAGCGCGAUGCGAGACUCCGGCACGGAAGCGUCCUUGCACGGCAUCUGCGAACCGGACCCGAAAGCGCCGAGGGUCUCCGGGGGCUUCACUCCUUUGAGCGUGGGAGGGGUGCGCCCCUCCGACGUGCCACUGGAGGGGAUCGACUGCCCCUGGAAGUAUCGCAACGGGCUGUCCGAGUUGCGGCCGGCCCCGGAGGAGUUUGUCGCCAUGCGGGAGGGGCUUCCGGCAAAUGUCGCCGCUCUGAUCGACCUCGUGAUCGAGUCGGGAGCUUGUCACGAUCCUGCCACGUGUGCGAUUUGCAAGGCGGUGCCGCGGCGGCCCUGGAUGGCAGGGUUCCUCAAAGACGGGCCCGUGGGAUCGACCGGCUGGUGCCUGACUCACUUCCAGCCGUACGGAGCCCUCCUCCACGCCCUGCUCAUCCCUCGCUACUCGUGGGUGUUCGGGCACGUGGUCACCUUGAAGCUGCUGAGACACGUGUUGCUGGAGGGGCCGCUCGACGAGCGCGGGUUGGCGUACCUCUCCAACGACGGCCCCAUGCUAGCGGCCGUCCUGCGCCUCCAUCCAGUUGCCGGCGGACAGUACGCAUUUUCAGCAACGCUGCGGCCACUCGUGCGUGACAUCUAUGCCACGAACCUCCUCUGCUUCGAGCCCAGCGCAAACCGGCCGGGUCCAGCCUUGCGAUCGCCACUGGCCGCACUCCAUGAUGCAACCGAGCACCUCUGGGCAAUCGAAGGCGAGAAGCUGAGGCUUGCGGGUCGGCUAGAGGGGGCGGCCAUGGAGUAUGCCGAGCAACGUGGGGCGGCAUUGAAGGGGGCUGCCAACUCGCUUCUGUUCGAGCUCGAGGUCCGCGAGCCCUCGUGCUACAAGGAAGGUGGCUUCCUUCGAGCGCCAUCGGCCGCUUAUGAGGAGCGGGUCGGCGCCGUCUCGACCUACUCUUUUCACCCCCUGCUGUACGGCCGGCCUCGGUUUGUCGAUGGGGAAGACGAAGCCGGUCGGGGGAAGAGGGGUUCGGAGGAGCGGCUCACCCAACAUUGUAGCGCCCCAAAUCCUCGAUCCUCCAAGGGGCGCGCCGGGAUGUUUAUCGCGUCCUGCCAGGAUCGGGCGCCCCUUGGGUACCACUGGCUUAAGGGGGGCGAAUCCGUCUCCGAUCUUGGCACCGUGCUACUCACGCGGUUCCCACUGGCAUUUAAGACGCUGCGGGGGCUCACAAUCGUAGAGGAUGCCGCUUGCAACGCACAGGAGUGGUUUCUCAAUCGAGUGCCCCAGCUGGCCAAGUUCAUGCUUUUUGUGGUGGAUCGCUUUCACUCGGGGCCCGUGAGCUGCGCACCAACGGGGGCAAAGCGCUAUGCCACGCACACUUGUGCGCCGACGCUGUUCAUCGACUCCUUCUCGCAACACGGCCACACGAUUACGACGGCUUCAGAGGGCAUCAAUUCGGGGUUAAAGCCUGAGAUGUGCGGCCAGCCUCCAGCAGAUCACGAGCAUCAAGCGGCUGUUGAGUAG